AUGAUGUUGUCUAGAUCACUCCACGGCCGAGCAGCUCCGCACUUCAAGGCCAUUGUCACCGGUCCAUGCAGGCGCCUUUCCUCACUCGCUCACAAUGCAUCCGCGCAACGAAAGAGCUCUCCGCUCCUCUCCAUACCCAGAUCACACCCAAUCUCGCUUCAAAUCAGACACAAUUCCUUACAAUCGCCCGUGAAACCAUUACAGGCUGAGCAUGUGGAAAAGAAUCCGGCCACUCACUAUAUCCCCCCACAGACAGGCUUGAUCGCGUCCCUGCCCAAGUCAUGGAUUCCAUACGCCGAACUGGUACGCCUGGACAAGCCCACCGGCACAUACUACCUGUUCUUCCCGACUCUCUUUUCCACUCUCCUCGCCGCGCCAAUGGCUGGGGCAGCCCCCCUGCAGGUCCUGGGCAUAUCGGCACUGUUCUUCUCCGGCGCCCUGAUCAUGCGAGGCGCAGGGUGCGCGAUCAAUGAUCUCUGGGACCGUAAUCUGGACCCACAUGUUGAGCGCACCAAGUUCCGCCCUAUUGCAAGAGGGGCGCUGUCGCCGCCCAAGGCUGUACUGUUCACCGGAUCGCAAUUGUUGGCAGGGCUGGCGGUACUUCUGUCCUUCCCCACUCAGUGUCUGUGGUAUGGAAUCCCCAGUUUGCCAAUUGUGGUGGCCUAUCCACUCGCAAAGCGCGUUACCAAUUACCCCCAGGCGGUGCUGGGGCUUGCCUUUUCAUGGGGAGCGAUCAUGGGAUUCCCCGCCUUGGGCGUGGACCUACUGGCUAAUCAGGAUGCCUUGAUGGCUGCUGGGGCUCUGUAUUCUAGCUGUAUUGCGUGGACAGUGCUGUACGAUAUGAUCUAUGCACACAUGGACAUCAAAGAUGAUGUUAAAGCCGGCAUCAAGUCCAUUGCUCUUCGCCAUGAACACAACACGAAGGCCGUCUUGAGUGGUCUAGCAGUGACCCAGGUCUCCCUCCUCGCGGCCGCUGGUGUUGCAGUCGGUGCAGGACCAGUCUUCUUCGCUAGUAGCUGUGGCAGUGCCGCGCUUUCACUGGGUCUCAUGAUCUGGAAAGUCCAGCUGAAGAAUGUCAAGAACUGCUGGUGGUGGUUCAAAAAUGGAUGUUUGCUGACUGGUGGAGGAAUCUCCUUGGGCUUGCUCGCUGAAUAUGCGAUGCAGUACCUUGGACUGUAUGAUACUGCGGAGUCGAGGUCGACAGAGGCCGUGGCGAUGCAACAAUGA